UCAUGGGCGGCCGCGAGCACCAGUACAGCUCGCUGUCGGCCGCGCGGCCCCUGAACGGAACAUACCACCACCAUCACCACCACCACCCGAGCCCCUACGCUCCCUACGUGGGCGCGCCGUUGACGCCCGCCUGGCCCGCGGGACCCUUCGAGACGCCGGUGCUGCACAGCCUGCAGAGUCGCGCCGGAGGCCCGCUCCCAAUGCCGCGGGGCCCCAGCGCAGACCUGCUGGAGGACCUGCCCCCAGAGAGUCGCGAGUGCGUGAACUGCGGCUCCAUCCAGACGCCGCUCUGGCGGCGGGACGGCACCGGCCAUUACUUGUGCAACGCCUGCGGCCUCUACAGCAAGAUGAACGGCCUCAGCCGGCCCCUCAUCAAGCCGCAGAAGCGCGUGCCUUCCUCCCGGCGGCUUGGAUUGUCCUGUGCCAACUGCCACACCACAACCACCACUUUGUGGCGCAGAAACGCUGAGGGCGAGCCUGUGUGCAAUGCGUGUGGACUCUACAUGAAACUCCAUGGGGUGCCUCGACCGCUUGCUAUGAAAAAAGAGGGAAUUCAAACCAGGAAACGAAAACCUAAGAAUAUAAAUAAGUCAAAGGCUUGCUCUGGUAAUAGCAAUAAUUCUGUUCCUAUGACUCCAACUUCCACUUCUUCUAACUCAGAUGAUUGCAGCAAAAAUACUUCCCCUACAACACAACCGACAGCCUCAGGGGCUGGUGCCCCAGUGAUGUCUGGCGCGGGAGAAAGCACUAACCCCGAGAACAGUGAGCUCAAGUACUCAGGUCAAGAUGGGCUGUACAUAGGUGUCAGCCUGGCCUCGCCGGCCGAAGUCACAUCCUCCUCGGUGAGACAGGAUUCGUGGUGCGCGCUAGCCCUGGCCUGAGCCUGCUACCAGCAGCGGGAGGGCCCUCGGGACCUGCGGUGAUUCCGUCCAAACCCGGGCGAGUAUGCUGACGGAACAUUCCUCUGACGGGUGAUUUCCGUGCCUUUAUUAUGAAAGAGAUGCAUUUCCCAAGAGGCUUGCUCUGCCUUACCACCCAGACCCUGUCAAUGAAGAGCCAGGGAGAAGAUGGAGCACAUCUGGGGAAGGGCCAGUGCAGCCCACAGCACGUCACCUCCUCCCUGGCCACGGCCACUUCCAGCCAGCCUGCCUCUGGGUUGCCAGGGGAUUCAGUGUCCGCUGUGCCACUUCCAGAAACUGGGACUAGGACUGGGGCCUUGCCUGCAUUGAGAGAGAUUUUUUAAAAAGGGUUUUAUGUGUAUUACCCCAAAUCAUGUGCUUCUUCUGAUCGGUUUUGGUUAUUCCAGAAUUUCUUCAUACCUUUUCCACACCCAAAUUUCACAUGCGUUCAUGGAGAAGACCAUUUGAGGCCAUUUGGUACACACCUCUGGAGGCUGAGUCGGUUCAUGAGGUCUCUUGUCAAAAAUAUUACUCAGUUUGCAAGACUGCUUUAUAACUGUAACAUACACUGUGACUGAAGUUUCUCAAAGUUCAUGUUGUGUGACUGAUCUGAAGUCAGUUGGAAUUUGUAAACAGGGUAGCAAACAAGAUAUUUUUCUUCCAUGUAUACAAUAAUUUUUUUAAAAGUGCAAUUUGCGUUGCAGCAAUCAGUGUUAAAUCAUUUGCAUAAGAUUUAACAACAUUUUUUAUAAUGAAUGUAAACAUUUUAACUUAAUGGUACUUAAAUAAUUUAAAAGAAAAAUGUUAACUUAGACAUUCUUAUGCUUCUUUUACAACUACAUCCCAUUUCUCUAUUUCCAAUUGUUAAAAAUAUUUCAAGAACAAAUCUUCUCUCAGGAAAAUCGCCUUUAUUCAUUUGUUAAGAAUUUUUAUACAAGAACACCAAUAUCCUCCCCUUCAUUUUACUGUGGAAUAUGUGCUGGAAAAAUUACAACAAAACUUUACUACCUAACAGACAACAUUUGUAAAUACUCGAGGCAUCUGUACACACUAUGAAGUUGCUAUAGUGUGACUAACCCACAGGCAGGUUGGUUUACAUUAACUUUUUAAAAAAUGGGAUGUCAUAUGGAAACCUAUUUCACCAGAGUUUUAAAAAUAAAAAGGGUAUUGUUUUGUCUUCUGUA